AUGGGGAUUCCCACCUUGCGUUCACUGUUCUACUGGAUUUCUUUUUGCAUCUAUGUUGGUGCUUCUUCUGUCUUGUGCUUUGGCUCGUCCACCUAUGCCAAUAUAGGUGGGAAUGAGACUGACCGAAUAGCAUUGCUUAAAUUCAAGGCCAAAAUAACGUAUGAUCCUUUCAUGGUUUUGAGGUCAUGGAAUGAAACCAUCCAUUUUUGCGAGUGGUAUGGUGUUACAUGCGGUCGUCGGCACCAAAGGGUCACAGAAUUGCGCAUGGCAUCUCUGGAACUUGCAGGCCCUAUAUCGCCUUUCAUCGGAAACUUGAACUUCCUAAGGAUUCUACAACUCCAAAACAAUAGCCUCAAUGCAACCAUCCCCCCAGAAAUAGGCCGUUUGCAAAGGUUGGAGGUAUUAUCUUUGGAAGAUAACUCGUUGGGUGGCAGAAUCCCUUCCAAUUUAUCUAGUUGCUCUAACAUUGAACUUUUCCGUCUUUCUUAUAAUCAAUUGGUUGGUGACAUUCCCAUUGAGUUUGGCUUCUUUUCAAAGCUUAUAGUAUUUUCUGUAGGGGGCAAUAGACUAACAGGAAGUAUUCCUCCAUCUCUUGGAAACUUGUCUUCAAUUGAGAAACUUUAUAGGUGUUUGCUAUCAACAUCAACAAUUUUGGAGGUGUCCUACCUGAAUGCAUUGAUCUUAAAUAUAUCAUACAACAAUUUUGGGGGGUCAGUGCCACCAGAUGGCGUUUUCAAGAAUUCAAGCUCAGCUUUAGUUGCAGGGAACAAUGAACUAUGUGGGGGAAUUCCUGAGAUGCACUUGCCCAAAUGCAACUUUAAAGAGCCUGGAAAUACAAAAUUGACCUUAACCUUGAAGUUGAUAAUAUCUACAGCUUUGGUAUCUACAGCUUUGGGGCUACUAGGAGUAACUUCGAUGCUAUACUUUUUGUUUGUUUCAUGGUUGAGAAAGAAACAAAAAGUGUCAAUAUCAAGUUCUUUGGGAAAUUUGUUUUUGAAUAUAUCCUACCAAAGUCUCCUAAAAGCCACUGAUGGAUUCUCUUUAACAAAUUUACUUGGUGUGGGUGGUUUUGGAUCAGUCUAUAAAGGAGUUCUUGAUGAGAGUAGAACUAUAAUUGCUGUUAAGGUCCUCAACCAUAUGCGCCAUGGAGCUUUCAAAAGCUUUCUUGUUGAGUGUGAAGCCUCGAGAAACGUCAGACAUCGAAAUCUUGUAAAGGUUCUUACAGUUUGUUCAAGUGUUGAUUACCAUGGUAAUGACUUCAAGGCUCUAGUUUAUGAGUUCAUGGUCAAUGGAAGCCUUGAAGAAUGGUUGCAUCCAACUGCCACAGAAGAUAAAGUGCAUCGGGACCAAAGAAAUCUAGAUGUUUUCAGGAGGUUGGAUAUUGCCAUUGAUGUUGCGAAUGCAUUGGAAUAUCUACAUUACCAUUGCCAAAGACAAAUCAUUCAUUGUGACCUAAAGCCGAGCAAUGUUCUUCUCGACAAUGAAAUGAUUGGACACGUGAGUGAUUUUGGGAUUGCAAGAUUCUCUCCUGGAAACAACCAUGAUGCUUCUACGACUCAUUCCAGCACCAUUGGAUUAAGGGGAACUUUUGGUUAUGCUGCUCCUGAGUAUGGUAUGGGAAAUGCGGUGUCAAUCGAUGGUGAUAUGUAUAGUUAUGGGAUCCUUCUAUUAGAAAUGUUCACUGGAAAGAGACCCACUGAUGACAUUUUUCAGGGUGCUCUAAACCUACAUUCCUUUGUCAAGACGGCUUUGCCUCAAGGAGUGGUAGAGAUUGCAGAUCCAAUUCUUUUUCAGGAAAGGGAAGAAGAGAGCACUAGAAAUAAUGGUCAAAACAACAACAUUACAACAAGAAACAAAAUUCAAGAGUUCUUGGUUUCGAUUUUUCAUAUUGGAGUUGCAUGUUCAAUCGAACAGCCAAAAGAACGAAUGAACAUGAGAGAUGUUGUAGUUGAGCUUCAUUUAAUCAGAAAAAGGUUUCUUCAGAGUGGAACAAACAGAGGAGCUGUUUGGCAUCACUUCUCAAGCCUCUUUGGUGUAGAAUCACUGAUUUCUCAUUCUUGGAGAGCUAAAUGCACUUCAUGGAGGACUACUUUCUUCUCUGGUUCAAACCAACUUCAUCUCAUUGCACAGCAGAGUCCUGCUUUAAUUCUUUGGUUGCUCUGGCUAACAUGUAAUGCUGCUAGAUUUAACAAUUCCUUAAAACCUGCUGUUAUGGGUUGUUGGAAACGUUUUCUUCCCAAAUUGAUAUCCCUUGAGCAAGGAGCUUUUAUACCUGGGAGGAAUAUAUUUGAGAAUAUUAGUAUUACUCAGGAAAUGGUUCAUUCCUUGAACAAGGAAGUUCUUUCUCGUCUUUUGAAGCAGAGUGUGGCGGCAAACAAGAUUGGGCAUUUCUCCCAACCUCGAGUGGGUCAGGAUAAUGUGGAUGAUAUUAUUGAGGCUUUGGCCAGUUGUAAGGAGGGGUCUGAUAUGUUGAUCUGGACUAAGCACGAGAGUGUUUUUAUGUGGAGAGCAUGGAAUACAGCUUUGAGUGUUGAUGAUAGUCUUAGACGGAUUGGGAUCCCGAUUGUUUCUCGUUGUGAUUGCGGUGAAGUAGGUGAAGAUGUGGAGUAUGGUAUUUGA